AUGGUCACCCUGAAAGUGUCUGUCUCAUCGUCACAGGGCCCAGUGCGGUGGAACAGAAUUCGUCGGCCCAAAUUGUUGCGCGUCGGGAUCGACCUGUUCCGCCCUCAACUCGUACUAUUACCAGUGCGUACCGAGCACUCAAGUCAGUACUGCCCUUUCGUGCUUAUUGGAUGUGAUGUUGGUGCUAACUUGCUGAAGACAUCGUCAGGCUCUGGUUCAACAACAACAGGAUCCAAAUCCACAACAGCAACAGGUGUUGUCGAUUACACAACUACCACGAGCAUUCCCACAUUGUCUUCUACUCAGCCAGCAUAUCCGUCGAUUGCUGCUAGCUCUUGCGGCUCUUGGUCUUUGGUAGACAAUGUAUGCUGUCCGUCCUACUGUCUCUCAGAUGACAAAUCAGAGUCAUGCACCACUGGUUGCACUGGUGGGUGUGGGACCCCACCUUCCAGUAUGUGCAAAUCUGGCACCAUGUGGGGAGAACAGCAUACCGUCGGCUCAAACGAGGAUUGGCACUACAGCCGGUCGACUCACUUUGGUUUAACGAGUGGUGGCGCCUGUGGAUUCGGCCUAUAUGGACUCUGUACAAAGGGAAGCAAAACAGCAAGCUGGACGGACCCAAUGCUGGGAUCAACGUGCGACGCAUUUUGCACUGCUUACCCGCUUCUAUGCCAGGAUCCAACCAACGUUACUCUCAGGGGCAACUUUGCAGCUCCCAAUGGUGACUAUUAUACACAGUUCUGGCCAUCAUUGAGCGCCAUCGCAUCAAGUGACCCGGAUAACUAUCUUUCCUGUGGGGAGUGCUUUGAGCUCAUUCAGACCAAGGCAGAUGGUACGGAAUAUGCAGUGGGUGAGACUGGAUACACCGAUUCCAUCUAUCUGGAGAUCGUAGACAGUUGCCCAUGCAGUGCGAAUUCGAAGUGGUGUUGUGGCUCAGGUGCCGAUCACUGCGGCGAGAUCGACUUCAAGUACGGAUGUCCAAUACCCGAAGACAGCCAUCACAUGGAUCUAUCCGACAUCGCUAUGGGCAGACUCCAAGGCAACGGAAGUCUAACAGAUGGCGUGAUCCCCAUCCGCUAUCGACGAGUCCCAUGUCCGAAACCAGGUAAUGCAUAUAUCUGGCUACGCGACGGAGGUGGAGCAUACUACUUUGCGCUCAGUGUUGUUAACACCAAUGGGGUUGGCUCUGUCAUUGCGGUCGAGGUCAAAAGUGCCGAUGGGACUGCGUGGGUCUCGCUCGAGCAUGACCCUAACUAUACCAGCAGUCGGCCCCAGGAGCGGUAUGGUGCUUGGGUCUUGCCUCAGGGAGAAGGCCCGUUUGCUCUUCCAAUUGGAAUUAGAGUCACUUCGCCUAACGGCCAGCAAAUUGUCAAUGAGGCGGCAAUUUCGUCUUUCACCCCACCUGCUGGGUCGGUCGCUGGGUUCUAUUAUAUUGAUCUUGGUGUGCAAUUCACUUAG